GGGCUAUGAGAUCAAGCACCAUAGCAGCAGCAGUAUCCUUGCUUGAUCGAGUUGUUGAUACAUCGACACAUAACACAAUGAGGUCCUCCCAGAUUAGCAUGAGCGGAAUGCCUACGGGCAAGUCCUACAUGGGCUGGUGGGGAUCCAUGGGAGGUCCGAAGCAAAAGGGAAUCGUCACCUACAGUGUCUCACCGUACCGUCAGCGAGCUUUCCAAGGAGUAAUCAGUGGAUGGAUCUUCAACGGCACCAGGAGGUUAAUCCAACAAUCGGCUUACUUCCUCGUCCCAUUGUCAAUAGGCUAUGGAGUUUACUCAUGGGGAAGUAAAAAGUACGCUUACAACAAUUCGAAAGAGGGGCAUCAUGCCAUGCACAUGGCUGAGCACGCGGCAGCAAACCACUAGAUCCAGAGCGGAGGUGGUUGUAGCAUGCAUGAUUGGCCAAGAACGCAGCAACAGCCGUCUCGAAUCUCGGGCCGUAUUCGAUAUUGAUCCCGUUUCAAUGUUUCAUUUUGAGGGUUCUCGGGC